UAUGCAGUGGUUAAAAGAGCAUGAUGCAGAUAUCAAUGCGAGAGACAAUAAUGGUAAAACUGCACUUAUGCAUGCAUGUGAGUCUCGCUCUCUGGCAUGUACACAGUGGUUAACAGAGAAUGGUGCAGAUGUCAAUGCUAGGGACCAUAGUGGUGGGACUGCAUUGAUAUCGGCUUGUUCGACUGGGUUUUUGGAAUGUGCACAGUGGUUAAUAGAACAUGGUGCAGAUGUCAAUGCUAGGAACAGUAGUGGUAUGACUGCAUUGGCCAUUGCUUGUCAUUCUGGCUUUAUGGAAUGCACACAGUUGCUAACAGAGAAUGGUGCAGACGUCCAUAUUGUUGACAAUAAUGGUACUACUACAUUGAUGUAUGCCUGUGAAUUUGGCUCUCUGAAAUGUACACAGUGGAUAACAGAGUGUGUUGCAGAUGUCAAUACCAGGCAGAAUAAGGGUAUGACUGCAUUGAUGAAGGCUUGUGCCUCUGGCUCUCUGGAAUACACUCAGUGGUUAAUAGAGAAUGGUGCUGAUGUCAAUGCUAGGGACCAUGGUGGUAUGACUGCAUUGCACUAUGCUUGUCAGUCUGGUACUCUGGAAUGCAGACAGUGGUUAGUAAGGCAUGGUGCAGAUGUCAAUGCUAGGGACAGUAUAGGUUGGACUGCAUUGAUCUUUGCUUGUUACAGGG